AUCUGUACAAGGAGGCCAUGAUGGAGGAGCACCAGCCUCUUAUAUCACAAGCAGAAAAUUCCCAUAAGAAUUCUGAGGGAAACUUCAUGUUGUCACUAAAUUAUAAAGCAGAAGAUGAAGACAUUAUGCAGUGCUCUUCAGGAGAAAACCUUAAUGUACCUCCAGGACUUCACAGUACAGAUCUGUCAUAUAAUCCCCCUGUUCAUGAGGAAUCUUCUGACCAAUCACAGAUUGCUACCACAAGUGCUGGUCAGAAAGGGGGUGAAAGGUUUCAAGAGAUCACAAAAAGAUCAAGUCUUUCUACAGACAAAAGAAUUCACACACGGGAGAAGCCAUUUUCAUGUCCACAAUGUGGGAAAUAUUUUGCAUAUAAAUCAGCGCUUGUUCGACAUGAGAGAAGUCACACAGGAGAGAAGCCGUAUUCAUGUUCAGAAUAUUUCCGAGACGACGGGCAGUGUAACGAACAGAAAGCAGAGCUCGCAUGGAGCACUGCCUCCCCUUCAAACAGCUGA